UUCUGUGGCUGUGUGACUGAGUUUACUGCAAUACUGCCUACAAUGGUCAACGGGAACCAGCAGUGUGUUUUUGAGAAAGAUGUUAAUUCAUCCUACAAUCCACCCAUAAUUAUUAUAAGUUGUAUCCUCGGAUUCAUUGGAAAUGCGAUUGCUUUAUGGAUCUUCAGUUUUCAUGUUAAAUGCUGGAAACCAAACACAGUUUAUUCACUGAAUCUGGCGAUUGCAGACACCCUGUUAAUCAGCUGUUUACCAUUUCGAGCAGAUUACUUUUUACGGGAGAAGAACUGGAUCUUUGGUGAUGUUCCUUGUCGCCUGAAGGUUUUUUUUAUCUCCCUAAACCGGGUUGGGAGCAUCAUGUUUCUGACAGUUAUGGCGAUUGAUCGCUAUUUUAAAGUGGUCCAGCCUCACCACCGAGUGAACAAGAUACAUACAAACAGUGCAGUGAAGUUAGCAGGCAUCUUGUGGAUUCUGACAACGAUAGCUUGUUCCCACCUUUUAGCAGAGUCUCACGGCUUCCCGGUCAACAAUCUGACAUACUGUGAGCCCUUUGACAUGUCCAAGUCUCCAAUUCCUACAACAAUUUGGACCUAUGUUCUCUUUGUCGUUUUCAUGUUUGCUUUUCCAGCUUCAGUUAUCCUGUUCUCCACGACGAGUAUCAUCUGGAAGUUACAGCGGAUGGACAGUGAAUCGAGGGGUAAAUAUAAGCGAGCGGUAAAGCUUGUGAUAGCUGUGGCAGCAGUUUUUGUAUUUUGUUUCUUGCCCACAAACAUUGCUGUAAUCGCUGUUUUAAUUACGAAGCCAAAAGUCGCUGAAGACUGCAAGUCAUAUGAAAUAGCUGUUCAAGCAUUUUAUAAUACACUAUUUAUGACAUAUCUGAACUCUGCGCUGGAUCCGGUUAUUUACUACUUUUCAAGCUCGACAUUUAAAGCUUCUUUUAUGAAAGCACUUGCACCUCUUAAUUUAAACUGUUUCGGAUCGGCAAGUCGUCGUUCGACGCAACGAAGAGAACACAAGAGAGAAAUAGUUGUGGGGCAAAUUCCAGAAAAGAUACCGGACCGUAAUGCCUGUGAUCAAUCCCAAUCUGACAUUACAUUGACUGCAACAUCUAACUGUUAAUUGUCAGCUUGUGUAAUUAAAGUAUAGCCUGUGAAUAAGUGCAAACCGUUGAAAAUAAGUUGAUUUUGUGACAUUUUAAAAUCAGUUAAUCUGCUUCUAACAAAUAUGUGCUAAAAUAAACUGCAAUUUUAAAAA